AUGAAUAUAAAAGAAUUUUUUUUUAAAUUUCUAAGCUGGUUUAGUUGCUGCACGCAAAACCUAUACAAUAUAACUCACAUUAAUUCUAAAUGGAAAAAAAAGAAAAAAUCAGGCCAAACUGCUAGGAAAUCCAGUGGGAUCAAAAGUGUUCCCACCGUUUAUAGGUCCAACUCGUUCUUGGACAAUAGACCUCAAUUUGGCAAGGUUUUCUCGACAAUAAAUGAAGAAAUAAGGAGAGAGGAGUCUAUUUAUAUUUUGAAGCAGCCUAGUAGACAAGGAUCUAGUUCAAAUUUUAAUUUGACGAGACAUGGAUCACUAUCUAAUUUGUCUGGGUUGACAAGAUACGAUUCAUCCUCAAGUGUAAAUAAAUAA